AUGGGCCCCUGUACCGCCUCCUCAUGCUGCUGCCAGGCCCGUAAUCUGCCAUGGGCCCCCGUACCGACUCCUCAUGCUGCUGCCAGGCCCGUAAUCUGUCAUGGGCCCCUGUACCGCCUCCUCAUGCUGCUGCCAGGUCCAGAGUGUGUCAUGGGUCCCUGUACGGCCUCCCAUUUCUGCUGUCUCCAUCGCCACACUCUGCCAUGUGCCACUUUCAGGUCUCCUCACACUGCUGGUGGGUUCCAUUUUGUCAUAGGGUGCUGUAUGGCCUCCCAUUGCUGCUGCCUCCACCGCCACACUGUGGCUCCACACUCUGGUUUUGGCCCCGUGACUGCCCAAAUGAGUGAAGUGUGCGGUGAUUCUAAGAUCGACGGCACUCAUCUGCAUGUCAUACUGACUGACAGUAUUAUUUCUCUUCCCCAGCAGACUCCAAGGGCAUUUAAAUUAAAGGUACAGUGUUCUGCACUAAUAUAA